UGUUUUUACAAGCACACAGAGGGAAAUACGAAACUCUAGAGUUUUUGUUCGCGCCUGCCUUUUCCAUGUUUCCAAAAUAACAUGAAGCCGGCGAAGAUGAAAUCAUUGUCUCCGAUUAUGGAACGACAUACACCGCAGCAUCCUUUGCCGGACGAUCUCAAGAAUCUUCCAAAUGAUGAGACAGUAUGCCAGUUCUGUGGUGUAAGUUACCUCAUACAUCACGAGAUCAAGAAGUUGGAGGAGAUGGUUGCUCAUCUGGAGCAGGAGCUUAAGUUUCAUCAGGGAUCAGAGGAGAGAGAGCAAAAACUGAGGGAGGAAUUGGAGAAAAACAAGCAGGCUACUUUGUCAUUGCAUGACAUUAUAGCAGAUAGGGAUAAAACAAUAGAAACAAUCACAGCAGAUUUUGAAACCGAAAGAAAUAAAAAUGAAUCUCUCACCUCAAGAUUGGUUGCUGAAGAGAAAAAGUCAAAACAGUUUUUGGAAAAUAACUUGGAAAAGAAAGCGAAAUACCAAACAUCUCUAUAUAAAGUUCAAAGUGCAAUAAACUUGGUAAAGUUGGACUUUUCUAAACUUCGCACAGAAGUUUCCCCAGCUGAACAAAAUGCUUCAGUUUUUAAAGAUGAAGUUUUUACAAAGUUUUCACAUUUGUUGUCUAAUUGCUCUGAAGAUAUGCGAGCAUUAAGAAGAAAAAACAGCUGCUUGUCUGAAGAUUUGCAAGUUCUUGCUUCAGAAUGUGAUGCAGCAAAAAAACGUGCAGAAAAUGCAGAACAUAGAAUUGGUUUACUUUUAAAAGAUGCUGAAAACCUGAAAAGUGAUCAAAGUGGUCAAAUUUCCGCUCUGCAAAACAAAAUACAGGAACUAGAAGAAUUGUACGCUGAUAGAACCAAAGAAAUUAAAAUGUUGGAAAUGAAAGAAAAUUCUGCAAGAUCAGACCAAGCUGAAAUGGAAGCAAAACUCAAAAAAAAGCAGUUGGAAGUUCAAAGCAUGACGGUCAAGAUGCAGAAGACAGAAGAUAGUGCUGCAUCGACCAUACAGAGAUUGAACCAGGAUUGUCGUCAACUUGAGAGGGAGUUGGCUUCAUUGAAUGAAGAGACAAUGAAGAUGAGGAACAGGGAGAAAGAGAGAGAGAAACGAGAUCAAGAGAGGAACAGACAGAAUAGCUUGGCUCAUGGGCAAAUGGAGCAGCUCAAUUGUGCUUUAAACGAUGCCAAAAAUACUGUCAAGACUUUGACUGCUGAGAGAGAGCUAAUGACAUCAUCACACCAGCAUCAGAUCCAGCAGUUGCGCGAAAGUUUCCGCAGCAAACUGGAAGCAUCUGAGUCGACACCAAUCAGAGCACAACAAGAAUUGCAGGCAAUGCAAGAGCGCCAUCGUGAGGAAAUGCAGGAGUUUGAAAGAACAUUACGAGAUGAAUUUCGAAUCGAAAUGAGCGUUGAAAAAGAUAAACAGGCAGAGGCUAUUUCAAGUCUGAAAAGCAAGUUUAAAAAUGAAAUGCAUGAGCUUGAAUAUGAUUUGAAAAGAGAUGCUGAAUCGGACAAAAACGAAAUUUCUUCACUUAAACAAAAAGUUGACUAUUUCACCAAAAACGCAGAAGAGAAAAAGAUAGAAUUUGAAGAAGAGAGACAAAGUUUAAAACAAAUGGUGAGUCAGCUGGAGGAGAGGAUUACUGCUCUCACACAGGAACAGGAAGACAGAGAAGAGGAGAAACGGUUUGCAUCUUCAACAGCAUCGCAAAAGUGGAAAGACAUGGAGGAGAAAAAUGAAAACCUUCAACGUGACAUGAUUGCAAUGAAAGAAGAGGUAGAACUGCUUCAAGAAACAGUCCGCAGAGAAUGUGAGGAAAGAUAUGAACUUACUGAAGCCCUCAGCCAAGCAAGAGAUGACCUAAAAACAGCAACGGUAAGCUUAGUUUUAAUAAAAAAGGCGUUCCCCUUUGCGCCAGAAAUUAUCCGUUUGAACCGAUGUGAUAACUGGUGCUGUGAGCAACUUCUGUUUAAAACCCAAACAAAUAAUCAACAGAGAAAUGAUUGA